GAGCACAAAUGAAAAUGAUGGCAUAACCAGACACAAUCAUUCCAUCUGAAAAAAAGGGUUUAUCGACCAGAUCUAAGAAAGGGCGAUCGAAUUCAUCAGAAUGUCUAGCGACAGCGAUGAUCUCGACGAGGACGAGCUUCUCCAGAUGGCUUUGAAGGAGCAAUCUACUCGCAAUGUCAAUUACCAGAAGCCCCAAUCGUCUGGUGAUCGGAAACCGGUGGCUAAUUACGUGCAACCGCCGGGGCAGAAGGCCAAGGGUACGAUCUCGCAAGGUGUUGGGGGCAAGAAAGGGAUGGCAAGGAAGGCAUCACCGGAUGAUGAUGAGGAUUCGGAAGUGGAGAUGCUGAGCAUUUCGAGUGGAGAUGAGGAUAUGGGAAAGCAUUCCAAAGGAGGGGUUGGAGGGAGGAGUAGAGGGAGAGGAGGGAAGGAGGAUGAUGGAUCUUGGGAUGGAGAGGAGCCUGAUUGCUGGAAGCGAGUAGAUGAGGCCGAGCUUGCUCGUAGGGUUCGCGAAAUGAGAGAGACAAGGACAGCACCAGUUGCUCAGAAGUUUGAGCGCAAAGCUACAGUGGCACCAGGAAAAAUUACACUGAAUAGUUUGCAAUCAUUCCCUCGUGGAAUGGAAUGUGUUGAUCCUCUAGGGCUGGGGAUAAUAGACAACAAAACAUUAAGAUUGAUAACUGAUACAUCAGAAAGCUCUCCAUCAAAAUCUGAUCGUCUGGACAGUAGUCUUCGUGAGAAGUUAAUGUAUUUUUCUGAAAAAUUCGAUGCAAAGCUGUUUAUAUCCAGAAUACACCAAGAUACAAGUGCGGCAGACUUGGAGGCUGGUGCUCUUGCUCUGAAAACUGAUCUUAAAGGCCGGAAUCAACAGAGAAAACAAUUAGUUAAAGACAAUUUUGAUUGCUUUGUCUCUUGCAAAACCACAAUUGAUGAUAUUGAGUCAAAACUGAAACGGAUUGAAGGCGACCCAGAGGGUUCUGGGACUACACACUUGUAUAAUUGUAUGCAAGGAGUAAAUUCACUGGCAAUUCGUGCUUUUGAGCCUCUAUUUGAGAGACAGGCUCAAGCUGAGAAGAUUAGAUCUGUCCAAGGAAUGCUUCAGAGGUUUCGUACAAUAUUUAACUUGCCCAGUACAAUUCGUGGGAGCAUCAGUAAGGGUGAAUAUGACUUGGCAGUCAGGGAAUACAAGAAGGCAAAAUCAAUAGCUCUUCCUUCCCAUCUAAACAUACUCAAACGUGUUCUUGAAGAGGUUGAAAAAGUAAUGCAGGAGUUUAAAGGCAUGCUUUAUAAGUCUAUGGAAGAGCCACAAAUAGAUGUAACAAGUCUUGAGAACACUGUGAGACUGUUGCUGGAGCUGGAUCCUGAAUCUGAUCCUGUGUGGCAUUAUUUAAAUGUACAGAAUCAGAGAAUUAGGGGUUUGCUUGAGAAGUGUACUUCAGAUCAUGAAGCACGGUUGGAAAGUUUGCAUAAUGCAAUUCGUGAAAGAGCUCUCUCUGAUGCAAAGUGGAGGCAAAUUCAACAAAACUUGUUUCAGUCGUCAGAUAUGAACCGCUUCCCUGGGAGUAUUGAACCGCUGGCAGAUCUCGAAGCAAUGGACUUGACAGGUGAAGAAGUUGAUGCCCUUAGAGGAAGGUAUAUCAGAAGAUUAACUGCUGUGCUUAUCCAUCACAUACCAGCCUUCUGGAAAGUAGCACUUUCUGUUUUUAGUGGGAAAUUUGCAAAGUCUUCCCAGGUUUCUGACUCUUCAGCAGUUAGAGGUGAGGAAAAAAUUGGAGAUGGGAAGUAUUCAAGCCAUUCUCUUGAUGAAGUUGCUGGAAUGUUGCGUAGUACAAUAUCUAUAUAUGAAGUCAAGGUUCUCAACACAUUUCGUGAACUUGAGGAAUCUAACAUUCUUCAAUCGUACAUGAGUGAUGCUAUAAAGGAAGUAUCUAAAGCAGGCCAGGCUUUUGAAGCAAAAGAGUUGGCACCUCCUGUUGUUGUACUGGCACUCAGGGCACUACAGGCUGAGUUUAUCAAAAUUUACACAUUAAGGCUUUGUUCUUGGAUGCGGGCCUCAACUGAACGAAUAACACAAGAUGAAACAUGGGUUCCAGUCUCUUUUCUUGAAAGGAAUAAAUCGCCAUACACCAUCUCUUAUUUGCCUCUAGCUUUCCAUUCAGUCAUGGCCUCAUCUAUGGAUCAGAUCAGUUUGAUGAUUCAGUCUCUUAAGAGUGAGGUUAGAAAGUCACAGGAUAUGUCUGCACAACUUCAAGAAAUACAAGAAUCUGUGAGGCUUGCUUUUCUGAACUCUUUCCUUGAUUUUGCUGCUCACCUGGAGCGUAUUGGAAGUGAUCUUGCUCAAAAAAAAUCAAGGAAAGGAAGUUCAUACAUGUUAAAUGGAUAUUCUAAUGAGCAACAGGAAGAAUUGUCAUCUGAUCACCCAGGAAGCAUUGUUGAUCCACAUCAACGGUUGUUAAUAGUCUUAAGUAAUGUUGCAUAUUGCAAAGAUGAGCUUUCUCUUGAGUUGUACAAAAAGUACAAGUACAUCUGGCUGCAAUCUGGGGAAAAGGAGGAAGACACUGACAUACAAGAUUUAGUAACGUCUUUCUCUGGGCUUGAAGAGACAGUCCUCGAGCAGUAUACUUUUGCAAAGGCUAAUUUGAUCAGGACAGCUGCCAUGAACUAUUUGUUGGAUUCUGGAAUGCAAUGGGGAUCAGCACCUGCAGUCAAAGGUGUGAGAGAUGCAGCUGUUGACUUAUUACACACAUUGGUUGCUGUCCAUGCUGAGGUCUUUGCUGGUGCCAAGCCACUCUUGGACAAGACACUUGGCAUUCUUGUUGAAGGUCUAAUUGAUACUUUUAUCAGCCUUUUCCAUGAAAACAAAACUAAAGAAUUCAGGUCACUUGAUGCAAAUGGUUUCUGCCAGCUUAUGCUUGAGCUUGAAUAUUUCGAAGCCAUUUUGAAUCCAUAUUUGACAGCAGAUGCUAGGGAGUCUCUGAAGUCUUUGGAAGGGGUGCUGCUGGAGAAAGCCACUGAGAGUUUAAAUGAAGCUGUUGAUGUUCCCGGGCAGCAACGCCGGUCAACUCGUGGAGGUGAAGAUGGUCUUGCAGAUGAGAGGCAACAAGGGAUGGCUGUAUCACCAGAUGAUCUGAUUGCUCUUGCGCAGCAGUGUAGUUCCGAGUUGCUCCAAGCAGAGCUUGAGCGUACCCGCAUUAACACAUCAUGUUUUGUGGAGUCAAUACCACUGGACUCAGCAGUUCCAGAAUCAGCUAAAGCUGCCUAUGCUUCCUUCAGAGGACCUAUGGACUCUUCUAGCGGAAAUUACACAGGAACACAGGCAGUGGCAUCUCCUAGUUUCUCUCGGCAUCGGCGUAGAUAAAUUAGUAACAUUAUUAUUAUUUUUUUGACUUCAUCAUCAGCCCAUCUGUAUGUUCAAUUGUUGUAAUGUAGUUGUUGAUACUAAUAAAUUGAGUGAAAUUGACAUUACUUUUUGGUUGAGUUCCAUUGCUUGGGGUCUAUGUGUAGGGGUUCUUAAAAUGUUGUGUAACAUUUUGUCCUACCCCAAAACCAUGUCAAUAAAAGUGUCUUUGCAUC